AUGAGCGCGGGGGGAGAUGGGGGCUCGGCGUUGGGCCCAUCUGCUCGGCUGCCAGGGGCCCAGCCGAAUGCCGCGACCCCCUACAUCGCGAUUCCCCCCAAUGCCAGCCAGCAAUCUAAUGUCGACGGUGCAAUGGAUGCGACGCAGCUGGCGAAUAUGCAUCAGCAGCCGCCGCCAUCGCAGUCGGGCCCAGGAGCCGCCGGCGCAGCCUCCAAGGCGGCUCAGAAGAGGCCCGUCAGACGGGGGGGUAAGCCGCCACCCGAUCGACCUGUUCGGGCGCUCUUCUGUCUGACCCUCACGAACCCUCUUAGGAAGAUGUGCAUCAGCGUCGUUGAGUGGAAACCCUUCGAAUGGCUCAUCCUUAUGACGAUAUUUGCAAACUGCGUCGCUCUGGCCGUUUACACGCCGUAUCCCUAUAGCGAUUCUAAUCAGACCAAUCAGUACUUGGAGAAGAUAGAGUACGUUUUUCUUGUGAUUUUUACGGUGGAGUGCGUGAUGAAGAUCAUAGCUUACGGCUUCGUCGCACAUCCAGGAGCUUACCUCCGCAACGGCUGGAAUUUGCUGGAUUUUACGAUAGUCGUGAUUGGAAUGAUAAGCACGGUGUUAACGAUAUUCAUGAAAGAAGGUUUUGACGUCAAGGCCUUAAGGGCGUUUCGUGUUCUACGUCCUCUCAGGCUGGUUUCCGGUGUUCCAAGUCUUCAAGUGGUCCUAAACUCAAUUUUGAGGGCGAUGGUACCACUUUUGCACAUUGCUUUAUUAGUUCUCUUCGUCAUCAUCAUUUAUGCCAUCAUCGGCCUUGAGCUAUUCUCCGGGAAGAUGCACAAAACGUGCCGGAACAACAUAACCGGCGAGAUAAUGGACAAUCCGAAACCAUGCUCCGAUUCCAACUCCAGCGGCUACCAGUGCUCUCAAGUCGGAGUCAACUAUAUCUGCAGUAGGCAGUAUUGGGAUGGCCCUAAUUAUGGCAUCACGAAUUUUGAUAACUUUGGACUGGCCAUGCUCACGGUCUUCCAAUGCAUCACCCUCGAGGGCUGGACGGACGUGCUUUAUAAUAUCGAGGAUGCGAUGGGAAGUUCGUGGCAGUGGAUAUACUUCAUUUCGAUGGUCAUUCUUGGGGCUUUCUUCGUGAUGAAUCUAAUUCUCGGUGUUUUGUCCGGUGAAUUUUCCAAGGAGAGAGAAAAGGCAAAGGCGCGUGGCGACUUUCACAAGCUCAGGGAGAAACAACAGAUCGAGGACGAUCUUAAGGGUUACCUCGACUGGAUAACGCAGGCCGAGGACAUCGAGCCUGACGAACCAAAGAUGAUGCAGGAUGGAAAAACUAAGCAGCAGAACGAAAUAGAGAGCACGGACCAAUUAGAGGGUGAUGAGGAAGGGAUCCAACAAGAGUCCGUUUGGAAGAAGAAGAAAUGGGACUUGGAAAGAGUGAACAGGCGGAUGCGAAAAGCCUGUAGGAGGGCUGUAAAGUCCCAGGUCUUCUAUUGGCUCAUCAUAGUUCUGGUUUUCUUGAAUACUGGUGUUCUCGCCACGGAGCAUUACGAUCAGCCGACCUGGUUGGACUACUUUCAAGAAUACACGAAUAUGUUUUUCAUCGUGCUGUUCUCCAUGGAGAUGAUAUUAAAAAUGUACAGUUUAGGCUUUCAGGGUUAUUUCGUCUCGUUGUUCAAUCGUUUCGAUUGCUUUGUCGUGAUCGGCUCGAUUACCGAAAUGAUACUUACAAAUACACAUGUAAUGCCGCCUCUUGGCGUUUCCGUACUCCGUUGCGUCCGGUUGCUCAGGGUAUUCAAAGUAACAAAAUAUUGGAGAUCACUGUCGAAUUUAGUGGCCUCUUUACUGAAUUCGAUACAAUCGAUUGCCUCGCUGUUGCUUCUACUCUUUCUUUUCAUCGUGAUCUUCGCUCUUCUGGGCAUGCAGGUCUUCGGUGGAAAGUUCAAUUUCGAUGACAUGGAGGAAAAAACACGUCACAAUUUUGACAGCUUUUGGCAGAGUUUGCUCACUGUAUUUCAGAUAUUAACCGGCGAGGACUGGAACGCUGUGAUGUACGUCGGGAUCCGAGCUUACGGCGGUGUCGCCAGUAUCGGUGUGCUCGCCUGUGUUUAUUUCAUCAUCCUCUUCAUAUGCGGUAAUUAUAUUCUCUUGAACGUGUUCUUGGCUAUCGCUGUCGACAAUCUCGCUGAUGCCGAGUCCCUGACUGCUAUCGAAAAGGAGGCCGAGGAGGAGGCCGAGAAAAAUAAAUCUCGCAGUGGUUCACUGGUAAGGGACGAAAUCAGCGGUGAAGGUGGCGAUGACGGUGACGAGGAGAUUGAAGGAGAGGACGAGGGCGCCGGUACAGAUCUUGAACAUGAUCUUAAUGAGACAAUGGAGGACUACGAGGCUGCACUCGAUACCGAAACGUCAAAGAAAAGUGAUGAUAUGAAUACGCAUAAAGUGAGACUUAACGUUGAGUCCGACGAGGAAGAAGUGGAGGAAGAGGAAGAGGAGGAAUGUGAGCCAGAAGAAAUGCAAGAUGAGGAGCAAGUGACGGCUAGACCGAGAAGAAUGUCCGAGUACAACAUGCCCGCCAAGAAGGAACCGAUCCCGGCCGGUUCGGCAUUCUUUAUUUUUUCAAGCACUAAUAGGUUUCGCGUGUUUUGCCAUUGGUUUUGUAAUCACAGUUACUUCGGCAACGUGAUACUGAUGUGCAUUAUGAUUUCUUCUGCCAUGUUGGCCGCCGAGGACCCACUGAGUACCCAGUCGCCUAGAAAUCAGAUAUUGAAUCGCUUUGACUAUUUCUUCACUGCUGUUUUCACGAUCGAAAUCUGCCUCAAAAUGGUCUCAUACGGCUUCAUAAUCCACGAGGGCGCGUUUUGCCGAUCGGCUUUCAAUCUGCUCGAUCUUCUCGUCGUAUGCGCUUCUCUCGUUUCCAUAACAGCCACCUCUGGCGCAUUCUCUUUCAUCAAGGUGCUCCGAGUACUCCGUGUAUUGAGGCCGCUGCGUGCCAUCAAUCGCGCUAAAGGAUUAAAGUACGUAGUGAAGUGUGUGAUUGUCGCCAUUAAAACGAUCGGCAACAUUAUGUUGGUCACCUAUCUCCUACAGUUCAUGUUCGCUGUUAUCGGGGUACAGCUGUUUAAGGGCAAGUUUUUCUAUUGUAACGAUGGGUCGAAAAUGACGGAGGAAGAGUGCCAGGGUACUUAUUUGGAAUUCGAGGGCGGUAAUAUUAACAGACCGGUCGUAAAACAAAGAGACUGGCAACAGCAGAAAUUUCAUUUCGAUAACGUUGCCAAGGCGAUGUUGACUCUUUUUACGGUCUCGACUUUCGAAGGUUGGCCAUCACUGUUAGAGUGGUCGAUCGACUCUAACAAAGAAAAACAUGGACCAAUUCAUAACUUUCGGCCGAUAGUAGCCUCCUACUACAUCAUCUACAUCAUCAUCAUCGCGUUCUUCAUGGUAAACAUCUUCGUCGGUUUCGUUAUUGUCACCUUCCAGAAUGAGGGCGAGCAAGAGUACAAAAAUUGCGAGCUCGAUAAAAAUCAGAGAAAUUGCAUCGAGUUCGCGCUGAAAGCUAAGCCAGUACGUCGAUACAUACCGAAGCAUCGAAUACAGUACAAAGUCUGGUGGUUCGUUACCUCCCAGCCGUUUGAAUAUACAAUAUUCACGUUAAUUAUGAUCAACACCGUGACACUCGCGAUGAAAUUUUAUCGGCAACCGGAGAUGUACACGAAAGUCUUGGACGUUCUCAACAUGAUCUUCACCGCCGUGUUCGCGCUCGAAUUUGUGUUUAAGUUAGCCGCAUUUCGAUUUAAGAAUUACUUCGGUGAUGCGUGGAACGUUUUCGACUUUAUUAUCGUGCUCGGAAGUUUCAUCGAUAUUGUUUAUUCGGAAGUUAACCCUGGAAUGACCAUGAUUUCCAUCAAUUUCUUCAGGUUAUUUCGCGUAAUGAGAUUAGUCAAGCUAUUGAGCAGAGGGGAGGGCAUCCGAACACUUUUAUGGACGUUUAUCAAGUCCUUUCAGGCCCUACCCUAUGUCGCGCUUCUUAUUAUAAUGCUCUUUUUCAUUUACGCUGUGAUAGGCAUGCAGGUCUUUGGAAAAAUCGCGAUAGACGACGAGACGGCGAUAAAUCGCAAUAAUAAUUUCCAGUCCUUUCCGCAAGCUGUGUUAGUUCUGUUUAGAUCAGCAACAGGCGAGGCAUGGCAAGAAAUAAUGAUGGAUUGUUCGUCGCUACCUACAGUUAGAUGUGAUGAUAAAAGUGACGAAAUUAACAAGGAAAGUUGCGGGUCGGACAUUGCAUUUCCUUACUUCAUAUCUUUUUACGUACUCUGUUCGUUUCUCAUCAUCAAUCUCUUCGUUGCCGUUAUCAUGGACAACUUUGAUUACUUGACGAGAGAUUGGUCGAUUCUCGGACCGCAUCACUUGGACGAGUUUAUUCGCUUGUGGUCCGAGUACGAUCCCGACGCUAAAGGGCGCAUUAAACAUCUUGACGUGGUAACGUUAUUGAGGAAAAUAUCACCGCCUUUGGGUUUCGGAAAGCUGUGUCCUCAUAGAGUAGCUUGCAAGAGACUCGUCUCGAUGAACAUGCCGCUAAACAGUGAUGGUACCGUGUUGUUCAACGCGACUUUGUUUGCCGUCGUGAGGACGUCGCUGAGAAUCAAGACGGAGGGUAACAUUGACGACGCAAACGCCCAACUCAGGGCGGUGAUCAAGAAGAUCUGGAAGAGGACUAGUCCGAAGCUUUUAGAUCAAGUCGUACCACCGCCCGGAGUGGACGACGAAGUGACGGUCGGCAAGUUUUACGCGACUUUCCUCAUCCAGGACUAUUUUCGUCGAUUCAAGAAACGCAAGGAACAGGAAAUGAAGGACGGUGAUAGAGAUUGUCACAACACCGUGACCCUUCAGGCCGGAUUAAGAACGUUACACGAAGCUGGCCCCGAAUUAAAACGCGCGAUUUCCGGUAACUUGGAAGAACUGCUCGACGACAAUCCGGAACCUAUGCACAGGAGAAACCACUCACUCUUUGGCAGCGUGUGGUCCAGCAUGCGAAAAGGACACCACGGUUUCCACAGGGCGAAAUCGCUAAAGGUCAACUCCGCCGCUGCGAAGGCUUCCCCGACCAAUUCCAUAGAUUUUCUACCGUAUGCCUCAUUACGGAGGACUGCCGUCGAUAUCAAACACAUUACUCAACAAAUUGUGCCAAAUGUAGCGGGUGGUUUAAGCGAUGGCGCGAUGAACCAAUUGGAAAUUGAUUUGCGACUGACGGGCGUCGAAGAGAACAUACCCUUGAGACCGCUCGCUGUGGUCAAUUCGACGCAACAAACAUCUUAUAAAGUGGUCGAUCAAGACGGAAUCGAGCGGCAGUUGACGCCACCCACGCCUCCGCCGCGACGGAAUCCAUCAACCACGUCCGCCGGCACCACCGUGCACACCUCCGUCGCAGCAACGGCAGCGACGGCAGCCACCGCAACAACCGCCGCAGCAUCCGCGGCGGCCGGCACGACGAGCGGGUCGAGCGUCGCGACGACGACGAUCACCGCGUCGUGCACCACGAGCGCGAACACCUCGACCACCGCGACGAGUUCAAGCCCCGCUUCCUCGUCAAACGGGACAAACUGUUAUUAUACCUACGCGUCGCGGGGCUGCUGCGCCGAUUGCGCAGUCUGGAGUAAUCACGCCCUAGACGACUGUGACGACGACACGACAACCGGAAGCGGAUCGAGCGAUUCCGGCAGGUGGAACCCGCACUCGGAGGGUGGUGUGACGCGGGGCACGACAGGAAAACCCCACGUCACCGUGCUGGGAGGCCGGUCGUCGAAGCGUCGAGCCAAGGCUCGUCGCGAUGCUGCGACUGCCGGUGGCAAGUCGGCUCCUGCGAGCUUCCGGUCGCGGGAUGAAGCCGCACCAACGGCUGGAUCCGCGACCGGUGCCGCUACGUCGUCGGCCCCCGGCACGCGUAGCAUCGCCAAUGGCCUUAAAAUGGCACAGAACCAAGCGAUCGCCGUAGCCGGCUUCCUCGCCGACGUCGAUUCGCGACAAUGGCGCGUCUGUGCCUCCUGCUUGUCACACCGAGCGGCGUCCUACCACGGCAGAGUUCCCUGGGCCAGAGAGAGUAACGGAAGCGUCGGCGCAGAGCGCCUGUCCCACAGUAUGCCCGGCAGUCCCGCGGACCGGAAGCCGAACUUUGAGGUCAUCGGAAGCGCGGAGAGUCUUGUCGGUCGAGUCUUGGUAGAGCAAGGUCUAGGCAAAUUCUGCGAUCCGGAUUUCGUACGGUACACGUCACGCGAGAUGCAGGAGGCACUGGACAUGACGCGCGAGGAGAUGGACCAAGCCGCCCACCAGCUGCUUUUGCAAGAGCGACGCGGCCAGCCGCUGUCCUACCAGCUGCAGCAAGGCGCGGAGCAGCAGCAGCAACAGCAGCAGCAGCAGCAGCAGCUGCAACCGUGGAGCAAUCAGCAACAGACCACGACUGGCAUCGGUUAUCAGCCAUUGCAAGAGCCGAGUCAGCCGGUCUAUCGCCCGCUGCGCUCUUCCGUCAGCUAUCGUCAACACGGCAAUAACCGACAACAGCAGCAGCAGCAACAACAGCAGCAGCAGCAACAGCAACAGCAACAGCAACAACAACAACAGCGACAACCACCAUCCUAGCAGGACGAGAAGACGCUCGCGACGCGAACAUCGUCCACGUAACCCGAAAAUUCCUACUCCCUCUUAUCGGGAGUAGUCGCCGAAAGCGUCGUAAUCGUCAGUUAACAUGAAGUAACUACGAGAAAUCACCGCGACUUUCGAUCUGAAUCGCGCAAAAUUCGAUGGAUUCAGACCGCGCGGGAUUUGAUCGCCGUUGUUGUUGUUGCUCCUCGUAGCACGAGGAUGCUUUAUAAACUGUUCUGAAUAUGUAUAACUGUAUAGUUAGAUACGGAUCGAAAUAUGCCAUUCAGAACGAUAAAAUGCUGGCUUAGUUUUUUAGGGGGCGAGAAAAGCGACGGGGCGAAGUCGCGACGAAGGGCAACUACCGCUCGACGUCGAGAUGUCCAUCCCGUGGCAUGCUCGGAUACCAAUAAACGCAUAUUUUCGUUCGAGCGAAUAUUUUCUAACUAUAAACGCGGGUGUUCAUCCAGCAUUUUUGACUCAUGCGAAUCCGCUCGUGAUUCCUAACUUGGCACGAUAUCUCGGGCGAGAUGCGUGUGAGUUACGAUCGAGUGGUGCAAGUUGUUGUUCGUUUAGGCACAAGGAUAUAUAUAGAUUUUUAAGAUGUAUUUUCGCCGCGACGAAAGACGAUCAAGAUGAUCAAAAGUCGUCACGGCGUGAAGCUUCGUUUUUAAACGUCGAAUUCAAUCGCGAAAUUAAAAUCGUUGGAGCAUCCCAAGCUCCCGAUAGAUUUGAGUUUACUUCUCUAGAAACAGUCCUCUAGAGAGUUGCCAUUAUUCCCAUUUAACGUUGAUCUCCGUUUUCGGUUUGAUUCGUCCUAAUCGAAAACGAUAUGACAAACGCCGCGUGUACUCCAUGCAAAAUAGACGAAUUAAAAUGAAAGAAAUAGGAAGUUUUGUUUUAUAAAACUGUAAAUUUCUAAUCAACUUUCGCCAAUUCUUAUCAAUCAACCAUCAAUUUUAGCAACUGAUUCUUAAAAUUAUUGAAAUAGUAUUUAAAUUUAAUCUGUAUAAAAAGCGCUUGGGAACAAUUAGUUAGAAAUUUAGAAGGUAAAAUUUCUUCUUCAGAAUUAUUAUAAUAUAUAUUUAUUUAAUAUAUAUGAUAUAUAAUAUAUAUAUUAAAAUAAAUUCCCUCCUCCUGACAUUAAAAUAAAAAAAGUAUAGAAACCGAGAAAUAUUUAAAAUCGUAAAUUUUUUAAAAUUUAUAUAAAAAUAAAGAAUUACAAGUCGAAUUUUACAAAAUAAAUUUUCUCUAAUUACCUUAAUUCGUCUAUUUUUAUGGCGAUUUAAUAUUUUCUUUUAUAAGACACGUCAUCCGUUUUAACUUUUUAUGAUCCUUGUAGAAUAUUAAUUAUUAUCUUGUAAGAGUAUUCUCUCUGACGUGAUGGCUUUUUAUCAACUCAUAAUUUCUUAUUGGGCAGCAAAAAGCUUUCUUCUACACAAGACAGAUGAGCUAUACAAAAAAGUUAAGUAAAAAAAUGCUAAAAUAAAAAAUUUGGAUCGUAAUAAGUUAAAAGAGGAUGAAAAACACGUCGGCAAAUGAUCGCUUUUAUUUUCAUUAUUGAUUACUCUCGUUGUCUUUAUUCCGAUGAUUACCGGUUACUAGCACGAUAAUUACAACUCAUAAUUCAUACGUAUGGAUUCUAGAUGAGAUAACAAGUGCCUAAGUAUCUAUAACUUCUUUCGGACCAGAGAAAGACUUUUAUCAACUUAGACAAAAUAAACGACUAUUAUUGCGAAUUAUUAUUGCGCGAGGAGAGAGAGCUGCGAAUCGAGUGUGUUGUACACUACUGACGAUAUGUUGUGACGAUAUAUAUAGAUAUUAUUAUUCGUAUUUGUAAUUGUGUACAUAACACCGUUACGCGCGUAUAUUUCCGCUGAGAUGCGUGAGGAUGAAUGGCCAAUAAACUAGCGCUGCGAGAGAUUCGAGAUUAUUAUAUAUUAAUAUAUAUAUAAAUAUAUAUUAUAUCUCUAGAUGGCAAUCUCUAUACAAAUGAGAAUAUAAGGGGACGGGGCGGGGAUAAAUAGAUGAGGUGUACGCGAAUCUUUUUUCUCUUAAAGACGCGGUCACGCGAUAUAUGAUUUUUAUUGUAAACGAUAAAUUGUAAACUCGAAUGUGACGACGAUCGGAUAUGCACAGAUCUAAAUCACGAAUCUCUUUCUCUUUCUCUCUCUCUGUCUCUAUUUCAAUCCACGACUACACUCACUCAAAUGCAUGCUCAAUGAAGAGCUUUAUAAAGAGCCAUUUCAUAAAUAUUUCCGGCAGUCUCAUCUCCGGGGGACGCGCGUCGCUUACGAGGGAUUUAUCGGAUUAAUAAGCAACUUAAGUGAAAAGUUUCACUUUAAUCGACUAACCUUUGGUCUCGACAAUAUUCUGUUGUGCCGUGAGAAAUUAAUAGCACUGAUUAGAAUUCGCUAAUUUUGCAGAAAAUUUAUAAUGUUAAACAAAAGUCUAUUUAAAAAUGAGAUAAAAUUAAACCAAAAUAAAAAUCAUAAAAUGAAUCGAAAUUAACUGGUUUGUAUAAUAAUUAAAUAUAUAUUGAAUGUAAUAUUAUAUAUACAUGAUUGUUUGGAAUAAUUGUAUGAAAUGUGAAAAAGGGUACAAGCGAAGAAUUGCUCGAGAUAAUUUACGACACGUCUUCAUGCGAAAUCUUUAGAGUAAAUCGUUUGGAAUUAGCGCAGUGUUCCCCCUUUCACGCACAAAAAGUUCACUCGUAAAAGGACGCAGCCGCAGAGAAAAUUGUAGUAGCAAUGCAAUCUCCGAUUUUUAAAUCCGAUCGCAAUGUAUAGAAAUCGCGUUAUCGAUGUGUGUCAUUCGAGUGACUUUGGAGAAACGUGAGAUUGGAAACCGGUGGAUGCAUAGACAUUGAAACUAACUACGUAAAUGUUAACUUAUAGACGUUGACAAAUUUUUAAGCUCUCGUAAAUUUUGUAAGUACUCGUCAAUCGGCGUGGUUCUGGAGAUUUGUCGCGUAAUGCUUCGAUUUUUCCCGUUUGUACACUAUGUCAAAUUGUAGAAAAAAAAACUGACUGUAUCGUGGAAAGAACGUAUAGAAUCAAUUAAGCAUUGUCUAAUGCGUAAUAAAAAGAGACCUCAGAACUCAGAGUUUCGCCGAUUUCGAGCGAAUAUAGGGCGAUUGACAAAUCGGUUUAUUGUUAUACGGAUUACUAGUUUGGAAUACUUUCAGAACCACGUUCCUCGGCAGCCUUUUGGCUUGUCUACGACCAAUGCGAUCUUCAUUCUCUCACGCAUUGUCUCUUCACGAAUUUUCCUACCGUACAACUCGCCGAUCUAUUUUCCCGCCUUACGUUUCCCGUUUUUACGCUUUUUUUUCAUACAUUGCUUUUAUCUAAUAUUGGUUGUGAGCCAGAGUCCUUACUUGCAUCAAGGAUCAAUUCAUAGAUCACACAAUGUACGGACGAUCGAAAAUUUCUUUCUUUUCUAUCGUCUCUCAUUUGGUUUUACCUCUUUAAAUAUUGAUUGCGUUGCAUAUUCCACGUUUGACACUGAUGUAUUAAUUUACCUUUCCCUUCUUCCAUUUAAUUUUCUUUAUUUUAAGUAAUAACGCAAAACCGUUAUUACGAAACAUAGUAUAUAUAUAUAUACACAUAUAUAUAUGCCAAAUUUUUAGAAAAGAAUUGGAUGAUGCUGAAGCAGUAAAUGUAAAUUACAGAGACUACGGGUCCGUACACGACCAUAAGUAGCGGCAGAAUUUUUUACGCUGUGUAAGGUAAUAGUAUAGAUCGCCGUCUGUUCCUCUCGUCUCUCGCGGACGAAAGAUACAAAGAAACACAAAAUAAAAAAAAGUAAAUGGAGCGCCACACGGUCCAGAACCACUAAUGUUUAAAAAUCCGAAGUCUGUUUAUAUCUUAUGAUGUCUGAAUAAAAAUUGUCAUAGCAAUUAAAAA